CACAACAAAAUUGAGAAUAUUCGUAACCGAUACACAGACACAUAGUUUACACAAUUUAUUGAAGCGUUUGCCGCCAACGAAGCUUAGCUUAUAAUUUUGUAUAUUUAAAUAUUUUCCGCCAUGGAUACGUUGCCCGAGGCGUUGGCCCAGGAGCAACCCAUCAAGCCGCGUCGGCGUGCCCCAGUUGACUGCGCUGUGGUGGUAGCCACAACGGCCGUGAAGCCCAAAGGCACCAAAGCGGAAGGUUCCAAGAGAUUGAAAAAGAAAUUGGAGCUGUUCGAGCACGAGAAUGAGUCGCUGACCAAGGCCAUCAGCGACAAGAACAAGGAGAUUGUGGCACUAAAGAGAUCCGUGGACUCGCUCAACGAUGUCCUCAAUUCGGUGCCUAUUGACGAGCUACGCUGCAACUCCUCGAUAGCCGGCACCAAGAUCCUCGAGCUGAGCAAAAAGAAUCGCCAGAUGCGCGCCGAAUUGGAGCAGGUGAAGAAUCGCAUGGAGAAGAAGGACCAGCUGAUUGUAAAAAUGGAGCGCGAGGCCAAGGCCAACGAGGAGAAGAUCCAACAGCAUCAGGAGCUGCUCAAGAAAGUAAACUCGGCGGAGGAGCUGCAGGCAAAGCUGACGGCCAUGCAGCAGAAGCUCUUCGAGUCGCGCAACAGAAACACGGAGCUGCAGAACCAACUGAAACUCGCCCAAAAGUGCCUGCAGCAUGAGAUCGGCGAGAGCUGCAACAUCAACUUGCUGGCCAAUAAUCUCAAUCAGGCCAAUUGGCGCGGACGUGCACAGCAGAUUCUCAAUCUGCAGCAGAAGGUGCAGGAGCUGCGUGCCCGCGUGGAGUACUACGAGGAGCGCAUGUCCGAUCGCUCCGAAUAUGCGCCCAUUGCCGUGGGCUCGGAUUUGGAUUGUGUUUCUGCCUCUGCCCAUUCGCGGGGCAACAGCGUCGCUGCAGAGUGUCUGGGCGGCGGUGCCACCUUUGAUCGCUUCACGCCUGGAGUGCGCAAAAGCGAGAUCCUGCACCAGGCCAAGGUGGAGGCACUGGAGAAGCACAUCAUGGACCUGCAGACGCAGCUGGAGGAGCAGCGCAACCGCACGCUGGCCCUCAAGGUGCGCAACAAGACGCUGAACGAGGAGGUGGCCAAGUACAAGAUGCGCUCCUCAGAGCUGGAAGAGCAGACCGACUACAAUGGCAUCAACAUCAGCACCAUGGGCGAGAAGCUCGAUCGCCAGCGCUAUCAGUACGAGCAGCGGCUGGACGACAUGCGCGCGGAUCUGGCACGCAUGACGGAGGAGCGCGAUGUAGCCAGACGGCAGCUGGACGAGCUAAGUGGCAUGUAUCUGGAGCUGGAGACGUUACUCAAAGAGAAGGAGGUGUCCAUCACGAGUCUGCAGGAAAUGGUGAAGAAACUGGAAAUGGAUUUGCGUGCACUCUCCGGUGGCUUCCUCUUCUCCUGUCGCGAGUUUCGCAAGGAAGAAUUUGUGGGCAUUCUGGAUGCCCUGGAGGUGGAGAAAAAUCAGCUAAUGCUCCUCACCAAGAGUCUCAACGAGCGUCUCUCCGUGGAGCGCACCAAGAACGAGGGCAUUCAGGAGCAGAAUGCCAAGUUGAAGGUGCGCCUUAGCCGCAUGGAUGCAAAGAUUCGGGAAAUGGAAAAGGAACUGGACAUCCAGUCCGAUAAGAAGAAGCGCACACAGCGAAUGGCCGAGUAUGCCAGCUCGCUGAGUCGCACUUCUCUUAACGGAUCCAUUGGUUCGUUUUGUUUCGACAAUCAAUCCCACUAUCAAUCGGCCAGCACUCUGAACAGCAACAACUCCACGGAGCCUAAAACAGAGGAUCUCAAAAAUCAAUUGGAGCUCGCUCAAGAGAAGAUUGCCAUGUUGUCGGAGAAACUCGAUUAUGUCACCGAGGAGAAGAUCGCAGAUGCCAAAUUCUUUGAGGAGACCAUGCAAAACUCCAAGACCAUCAUUCUGGAGACCAUAAUGGGCGCACAUGAGGGCACCAUCUCGGGUGGUGAUGUGACAGCAGCUCAGAAACAGCUGCCUGGCCUGCCUGAGCCACCCACCAGCGAGAGCCUCUGAAGGAGGAGCAGACCUCCAACAAGAUUUCUUGAGUUUUGAUUGUUUACAACUUUAGUUCUGUUUAUGGG